GCAGCAGGCUGCCUGUGCACAAUUCUGCCGUUUGCAAGACUGUUGGAAAUCCUAUAAACUGACUACGCCACGGAUGAAACUCGAAAUGCUUUUUCAGGCAUGGAUCCUACAACAGUUGCAGUAUUGAAAGCUGCUAAUAUUAGCACAGAAUUGCUUCCCAGUCUGUCUAAGGUGGACUUGCGUGACCUCUUUCCGGGGCCUGAGCACUUUUUCCGAAGGAAAGCCAUUUGGAGGACCACUCAUGGUGAAAAUGAGAUGAUAUCCGAUUUUAACGUUGUGUGGACAUUAAACUAUGCUGUGAUUUACAAUUUCAGUGAAACUGUCAUGCUCUGUGUCUUUUGUUCCCUGUUCGUUUUUCUGUUUUAUUUUGUAGUGUCUAUUCUUCCUAACUUUCUCUAGUCUUCCUAUUUGUUCUUUGCUACCUGUUUGGUUGUAACUGCACUUUGGCCCAAUCCUGCAAAACCUGACGGAAACAUUUCCUUUUUGGUGUUGUUGCUUGUAGUGCACUACUUACAAUUACUGUGAGAUCAAUUUUUGUGUUUUUCAGUGUGAAGAACUGGAGCAGCCUCACCCAGGCACCUCCUCUGGAACUUAUGAUGGUGCCACAAUUCCAACUACCCCAAACGCUUUGUCCACUCCUUCUUCCUUCCCUGCACCUGUCCCCUCUUCAAAGCCAGGAGACAGUGCCAGCAGAACUGUACAGCUUCAAAGUCCACAAUAUGUUGUAUACACAGACACAGAGCUGGAGCUGUCAAGAACCACCUUUUUUGAAAAACAGCGUGCUGGACAAGAAGAAGACUUCACACUCUCCAAAGAGCUUCGCUGUCGCAUAAUAAGGAACACAGUAACAUGAUCGCCAUAAAGAGAGCUGCAGGGGAUGACUUCCGAUAUCCAAGUAGCCGUGAGCUAACUGCGAUGGCUCAGCGUCUGAUUGUAUACUACCCAAUGCUGCGGGACAGGUCUGCAGCCAGUGGAGCUGAGUGGGAAUCUGUGAAGAAGCAGCUUUUGAGAAGGGUCCAAAAUGUGACAACCCCCAAAAAGAAGCAGGGAGCAACUCCUUCAAGAAAGAGGCGACUGGCCAUCAGCUUUGAGAGCAGCAGCCAUGGGUCACCCACUGAUGACAGCGGGUCCAAUGCUUCAACUUUGAGCUUGGAAACAUCACCGCAGUCUGGAGGCACUUCCCCGGAGGCUGAACAGGUGGAUGGGCCUGAAACUACUGACAGCCCACAGAACCAGGCCAGACACUACAAAGUUCUGCAGGAGCUAUACAAAUCCAAGCCCAGGCCCAACAAGAAGGAUGUUGCCCAGCUGUUGGACCUGGAAUACCAAGCAAGACGGGCUUACAUCGACUCUGAUGUUCUGAAGGAGCACGACAGACCUACCAAGAUUCUUCAAGCAUAUCCCUGCUUCAGAGAAGUGGAUCAUAUAAUGGAUGAACUGCAGCGGAUCCUCAAUCAAGGAAACCCCCACUUCAUACCUGAACUGAAGAACCGCUGGAAGACCUUUUGUGAGAAGAUCCAGUUUUAUGGCGUUUUCAAAAAAGUCAUGAGACCUCCACUGGCUGAUAAAGUAAAGCGAGGGGUUGCGAUGAUGAAAGCUUUGCCAGACGUCUUCCCAUCACCCAUUGCUCCACCCAAGAAGUUGGGGCAUGCAAGUGAGGGCAUUCUUCACAUCUUGAGUCUGUGGAAGACCCCAACGCUUUCCUGAACGCAAGACCGCUCUCCAGCCCUGUAGUGAUCGUCUGUGAGAGCAACUGCAUUCUGGCCAUCGGAACCAUGCCUGUGCUGAUCUUCCCAAAGGAGGACAUCUCAGUGUGAUGUACAUCAUGGCAUGCUGCUACACCUUUCACCUCACAUACCCCAAGUGCAUAACCACACUCCUCUCUGUGCUGCAGACAGAGGUCCUCAUGGAUGCCAUCCAUGACCAAGACAUGACUUCUUCAUAUAAAAAAGCUAUGGCUGAGUGGAGGAAGUUCAGUGAGUAGGCUUGUACGUUGUUCUGUAGUUCCAGAAAAUGUUAGAUGAGUCAGUUUGUUCAGGUCUUAGCAUUUGUUCAGGGCUCCUCAGAGCACUUUCUUCUGUAAAAUGUUUUUGAUACAGAUUGCACCUUAAAUAGAAUAAAGAGGUGAAAAGAAA